GGCCUUGUCUUGUUUUUGGAGCCAAUAUGUCUUCCCAUUUAAAACAUCUUCUGGCUUUAUGGAAAAUAAUGACUAGGCAUGGACUACAGCUUACAGAACUCUGAAAUGAUGAUCUUUCCAAGAAAUUACAGAAGUCUUUGCUUACUGGAAUUAUGCUUACAACCUAUAGUCAUGGUUGUGUUAAUGUAAUAUUGGUCUACCUCUUAACAGGGUAUCUGUGCUAUAACAUGGUAUCAGAUUAUUAUAUUUUCACACACACAUAAGAAGCAUGGAAAAUAAAAACAUAACCAAGGUAGAGGAGUUCAUCUUUUCUGGUCUCUCAGAUAACCCUCAGCUAAAACCUUAUCUGUUUAUACUAUUCUUUAUUGUUUAUACUUUGACAUUGGUUGAAAACUCAGCUCUCAUAUUAGUUAUCAGUAAUAAUGCUCAGCUUUACACUCCUAUGUAUGAGUUUCUGCGACAGUUAUCAAUUAUUGACAUCUGCUACUCCUCCUCUGUUACAAUCAAGAUGUUAAGUGAUUUUGUUUCAGAGAAAAGGUCCAUCUCAGUGGCUGGAUGUGGUUUACAAAUGCUCACCUAUGCUGGAUUUGGGGGAAGUGAAUGCUUUCUCUUGGCUGCCAUGUCAUUUGAUAGAUAUGUUGCCAUUUGCCACCCACUGACCUAUUUGAAAACAAUGAAUAAACAAACACUUGUGAUUCUUAUUUUAUUCUGUUAUCUUGGUGGUCUAUUAAAUGGUAUUGUUCAGACAUGGUUUUCAUUUUUCCACCUUAAUUUCUGUGGAUUAAAGCAAUACAUUAAUCAUUUUUACUGUGAUGUUAUGGCAUUAAUUGAGAUUUCAUGUGGUAACACUAGAGCUAAUGAGGUAGUUCUUUUGACCAUGGUUGGUUUCAUUGAACUGUCAUCCCUUUUUGUCAUCUUAAGCACUUAUUUAUGCAUAAUUUAUACUGUUCUAGGAAUUAGAUCUUCUGAAGGACGUAAGAAAGCUUUCUCCACUUGUGCUUCUCAUAUGACAGUUGUGUCUUUAUUUUAUGGAACUAUUAUUUUCAUGUAUCUCAGACCUUUGUCUGCUUAUAGGCCAGAAGAAGACAAAAUUAUUGCUGUCUUUUACACAGUGAUUAUUCCUUUACUUAACCCUAUUGUAUAUAGCCUGAGGAAUCGGGAUGUCAAAAAGUCAGCAAAAAAGACAGUUUGUCAAGUGAAACUGAAAAAUAAUGAGUAA